AGCUUCACACCCAUCUCUGAAUAAUUUCUGACGAUCGCUCUCGGCCCUCCAGCUUCUGACCUUCUCCUCGCUGUUGGCAGCGCAAGUCUGGACGAUGCCCCUCUCUCCAGUCUCGCCCCCCCGCUACCACGAUCGCAAGCCUGGACGAUGCCCAACGGUCGCCCAUCCCCGCGGACUUCUUCGGCGUUGCGCCUCUCUUUCUCGACAGCGUCUCAGUGACAGCGCCUCUUGCUUCCGGCCGCCAGCCCGCACCUCCCUACGGCCUCUUUCCGCGGUGCCUCUCUCGUUCUCCUUGCUGUCCCACUUGCAGCGCCUCUUGCGCUCGGCCGCCGGCUCGUGCGUCCUCACCGACGUCUUCCCGUUGCCCCUCCCUCUUUCCCUCCGGCGUCUCAGCGACAACGCCUCAGGCGCCCGGCCACCGGCUCGCGCCUCCUCACGGACUUCUUCCGUGGUUGGCCCCCCCUCUCUCGCUCUCUGUCGAAGGGUGUAUAGUAUCAGCGCCUCUUGCGCCCGUCCUCCCCGCCGACUAGCAGGCGAUCUUCCUUUCCAGAUCGAUCUCGACGGCUCUUUUCCAUGUAUACUAUUAUCAUCACAGCGUCUCACCAUCCGAGACUUCCGUCCCAAGCCCCCUUCCCGCAAUCAUCGUUUGUAUCGACCGCGACAGGCACGACCAUUGUGCAUUAUCAAUUUAGCAUCGUUAUUCCGUGCGUAGUAGAUAGAGCAAAUGGAUACAGAGCAAGGAGGUACGGCAAGAGCAAGGACGAGAUACAGCAUGGCACAGCAUCGGUAGCAUGUGAAGCAUUCGAGAUCAUGAGGACGAGCACGGACGAGAUUCAAUCUUGAAUGAUGAAUGAUGAUGGUGAUGGUGAUGGUGAUGGUGAUGGUGAUGGUGAUGGUGAUGCAUCGAGCUAGGUAAUGAGUUUCGCAUCGACGAGAGCUGGCAAAGCGCAUGAAGAGAGCUUCAGCGCGUUCGAAGAGACUGAGCCGAAUGA